UAUUGCUUGUGCAAAUUGUUUAGUUUUUAAUUGAAAACAUUUACGAAAUGAUACCAGCACGCUGUUUGACAACAUGUGAUGACGAAGAGGACAAUACACGGGUUGCCCUUAUAUUGGGCGAGAAGCCCGUAUGCGGCGUUAAGACGCUACUGAUGGCUCCAAAGAUCAAACUGAGCAGCGGAUACGAAAUGCCCGUGAUAGGAUUUGGAACAUAUAAAAUGCGAGGCUAUCAAUGUUUGACUGCGGUGCACUGUGCGGUGGAGACCGGAUUUAGACACUUCGACACGGCCUACUUUUAUGAAAACGAGAAGGAGGUGGGCGAGGCGAUUCGCACCCAAAUACAAAUGGGAAACGUUGCCAGGGAGAACAUCUUCCUCACUACCAAACUGUGGAACACACAUCACGAUCCGCGCGAUGUGCGACGCAUCUGCGAGAAGCAGCUGGAAGCUCUUGGCUUUGACUAUAUCGAUUUGUACCUAAUGCACUUUCCCGUGGGAUUUAAGCACAUGUGCGAUGAGAUUAUGAUACCAAUGGAGGCUGAUAAGGUCACCACAAAUGAAAUCGAUUACAUUGACACGUGGCGUGCUAUGGAGGAGCUUGUGCGGCUAGGCAUGGUGCGAAGUAUUGGUGUCUCUAACUUUAAUAUGGAGCAGGUGCAGCGCAUCAUACAGUGCAGCGCCUCAAAGCCUGUGGUUAAUCAAGUGGAAAUCUGGCCGGGAUUCAUGCAAAAGGAUCUAGUCGACUAUUGUCGCUACAAUGGCAUAGUGGUAAUUGCAUAUGCGCCGUUGGGGCAGCCAGAUCGCGAGGACCAUUCUCCAAUUUAUUUUUUUUCCGAGGGAAUGAGACGUCUAAUGAAGAAGCAUAAUCGCACUGCCGCACAAAUUGUGCUCCGCUAUCUGGUGGAUUAUGGUGUUGUGCCCAUACCUAAAUCCGGCAGUCCCUUGCAUAUUACUCAGAAUCUGAAUAUAUUUGACUUCCAGCUAAACGAUGCAGAUACUCGAGCUCUUCGGGGUAUCAAGGCCAAGGAGCGUUUAAUAAAAUACGACUCGGUUAAGGAUCACCCGUUCUAUCCUUUCGAGCGUGACGAGGAACAGCCGGAGCAAACUGAAGAGUUUGAGCAACAGCAAGAAAAGAGACAGACAAAGCUACUUCCAGCAGAGCCACAGGAGGAGGGGGCUGAGACUGUUGAUCAAGGCGAUGAGUAGGAGCAACAAUGCAACUAUAGUUAAACUCUAUUGUAAUCUCAAAGGUCUACAGAACAAUUGUUCCAAAUUAAAAAUGUGGGAUAAAUUUGUUGUGGGAUCGAUGAAUUUCUAAUUAAACAACUGUAUGUGUCUCUA